UUAAAUAAACUCUAAACCCACGUGUAGUCUCAUAAAGAAAGGGCAUUAGAAAUGGCUUAUUCUCUUGAUCCUGGGACUUGGCUCGAAAGACAGAAAUACGAACAGGCUGAAGCUAGAGCAGAAGAAUAUACUGCAAGCAGUCACUCUGGACUUAAAGUCGAGGGUAAAGCAAUCAGCAUUGAUCUAAGUUCUGGUGGCUCGGAGAUUCGUGAUUUCAUCAACGAAACAAAGUCGAGGAUUGAGCAGAGUCUCAAGAAAGUUCCUCAAAGCGAAUCGGCAAAACCCGGAAGUCAAAAUUUGGAAGCACGAGUGGCGAAAUUGGAAGCAGAAAAUAAAACUUUAGCGGAAAGAGUGGCGAAAUUGGAAAAAGCAAUUGGCGUGGCACCAGAGCCCAAGAAGGAAGAAGUAAUUACUACAAAAGAGGCCAAAGAUGACGACGAUGAUGAUUUUGAUCUUUUUGGCUCAGACGAUGAGGAAGAAAUAGCAGCUGCUGAGAAGCGUAAGGAAGAGGCUCUGGCAGCCUACAAAGCAAAGAAAGAGAAAAAGCCACAGAUUAUUGCAAAGUCAAGCAUUAUCCUAGAAGUUAAGCCGUGGGAUGAUGAAACAGAUAUGAAGGAGCUUGAGCGUUGUGUACGUAGUAUUGAAGCUGAUGGGCUCCAAUGGAAAGCAUCUAAACUGGUCCCAGUGGCUUAUGGUGUUUUAAAGCUUCAAAUAAACUGUGUAGUUGAAGAUGAUAAAAUUGGAACGGAUUUCCUUGAAGAAGAAAUCACCAAAUUUGAGGAUUUAGUUCAAAGUGUUGAUAUUGCUGCUUUUAAUAAACUCUAAUCUACUCCCUCUCCCAAUUGUGACUUUAAUAAUGUAGUAAUGAUUAUUAAUUAUUAUUAUCAUGUGAUUUUAGUAGCUCCUAA